GACAACAAUAAAAAUCUUUUAUCAUUAUCUUUCGAAAUUUCUUUAGUUCUUCGCUUUUGCCUUCUACGCAAAUUUAGUGCGACUUAUUGUUAUUCGUUGGUGUUUUUGUGACUGUUGAUUAUUACUAUUUACUUGUUGUGAUUUGUAUACGAUAUCUUUGAAUUAUUAUGUUCAUUGUAUAAAUAAGUUAAUAACAUAAAUACAAAUAAUAUUAUAUUGUGUACAUUAUGAGUUUCUUCGGUAAGCUUUUCGGUGGCAAAAAGGAAGAGAAGGGACCAUCAACCGAAGAUGCGAUACAAAAGCUUCGAUCCACUGAAGAGAUGCUGAUAAAGAAACAAGAAUUUUUAGAAAAAAAAAUUGAACAAGAAGUAGCGAUAGCCAAAAAAAAUGGUACAACUAAUAAACGAGCUGCAUUGCAAGCAUUGAAGCGUAAGAAACGGUACGAACAACAAUUAGCCCAAAUUGAUGGUACCAUGUUAACUAUUGAACAACAGCGGGAGGCAUUAGAAGGUGCCAACACAAAUACAGCAGUAUUGACUACCAUGAAAACUGCAGCAGAUGCACUUAAAUCAGCUCAUCAAAACAUGAAUGUAGAUGAUGUUCACAAUAUGAUGGAUGAUAUAGCAGAGUCACAAGAUUUGUCAAAAGAAAUAUCAGAAGCUAUUUCAAAUCCAGUUGCAUUUGGAACUGAUGUAGACGAGGAUGAAUUACAAAAAGAAUUGGAAGAGCUAGAACAAGAAGAAUUGGACAAAGAGUUGUUGAAUACAGGCAAGACACCUGUCCACGAUUUGCCAACGCCUUCAGUUCCAACAUUUGAGCCCAGUGGCCGAGGCAAAGCAAAAACUAAAGCUGAGGAAGAUGAUGAUGAAAUGAAAGAAUUAGCUAAUUGGGCUUCAUAAAAAAAAUCUUUAAAGUGACAUCAAAAUAUUUUAUGGUAAAAAUGAUAAGAAAAAUAUUUUUAAAUUUAUAAAUGAUCAGUUAAUUUGCUAUUACGUUAUUACAUAGUUACUAUUUAACACGAAUUUACUGUCAACAUACUUAUUUUUGUUUAUACCAUUCUUUUUUCCAAGCAAAUAUAAAACAAAAUAAUUUGCUGUUAAUAA